AUGACGCUGCAGUGGUACAGACAGACGGACGGACGCGGGGAAGCUGAUGUCGUGAGUGAGCGUGUGUGUGUGUUGAGUGAGGCUGGGCAGGUGGGCAUGAUGAUGGGCGUCCGUGGGAAGGUCUCCACAGAAUGGAAGAAGAGAGUCAAGUCAGAAUACACGAGGCUGAGGUCACUGAAGAGGUUCAAACGUGCAGACGAGAUCAAGGCCGCCUGGAAUGAUAACAGAACUAAACUGGCUGAAUUGCUGGAACAAGAGGAUCAAACUGUAAUAGGGAUGGGUCCUGUGUGGGUGUGUUCAGUUGAAGCCCCACCACACCAGGCAGUCAUGAGGCGUACACAUGUCACCUCCUCAUGCAGUGAACCACUCUCUAUACCCAUCAAGACCAUCAAUGCUGUUAACCCAAUUCCGACAAUGUACACCUGGGCACCCCUUCAACAGAACUUCAUGGUUGAAGAUGAAACAGUUCUUCAUAAUAUUCCCUACAUGGGUGAUGAAGUCCUUGAUCAAGAUGGCAAAUUUAUUGAGGAACUGAUUCGUAACUAUGAUGGAAAAGUGCAUGGCGAUCGUGAAACUGGUUUUAUUGAUGACGAAAUAUUUGUGGAGUUGGUGGACACACUUGUGCAGCAGUAUCAGAAAAAAGAUAUUGGAAAAGAUAAGUUAGAUAAAAAGGCCAGUGUAAGGAAGGAAACCAAAACAAAAGAUGAAGAAGAUGAAGAUGAAGAAGAGGAAGAGGAGGAGGAGGAAGAGGAGGAACAAGAUGAUGACGAGGAAAAUAAUACACGUAAUAAAGAGGAUGAUGGUUGGGAGGGAUCAAACACAUCAGGGACAAAAGACUUCCCAUGUGCUGCCAUAUUUCAAGCUGUGUCAGCUCUUUUUCCUGAUAAGGGCUCAGCAGAAGAACUCAAGGAAAAGUACAUAGAGCUGACUGACCCUACAGCUCUUCCACCAGAAUGCACUCCUAACAUUGAUGGUCCCAAUGCAGAGAGUGUUCCCCAGGAACAGACAAUGCAUUCCUUCCAUACGCUUUUUUGUAGACGAUGCUUCAAAUACGACUGUUUUCUGCACCCCACCAAGGGAAGCACAGACGCCCCAGGCCUUGCAACAUCCCAUCCUCGACCACAUGGUGGAAAGAGAAAGAGUCCAGAAUUGCGGGCAGUGUCAGAGCCUUGUUCGCCAUUCUGCUAUUUACAUCUGCCCGAUGCCAAAGAAAAAAUGGUCGCAACAGCAUCUUCCUGUUCCUCUGAUAAACUGAGAGAUGACAAUGAAUCGUCCAAUGAUGCCAAACCUCGAAAGAUCCGAAAACAUGCAUCCGUAGAUUCUGGAAAUGAGGCAAGCUCAGAGGACAGUAAUGACAGCAUGAGGAUGAGCGGCCGAAAAAUAGAUAAGACCAGUACAAGUUGUGUUGAGUUUGAGUGCAAAACAUCAGUCUUGUCAGUGAACGGCAAUGGAAGUCUGGGCAGCAUGCACAAUAAAAGAGUGGUGUGCACAGAUUCAGAUGUUGUUCGCACAAACAAUAAAUAUGUUUACACUAAGCCACUCACCCUUGAGAGUCUGACAGUCAAAUUAUCAGAUGCAACAGAGCCUUACAACCUGGUGACGUGGCUGGGUUCAGAGGCUUCUAUGUUCCGUGUGCUGCACAAAGUCUUCCUCAACAAUUACUGUGCCAUCUCCCAAGCCAUCCUCACUAAAACUUGUCAACAGGUAUACUAUUUUGCACAAAAAGCCACUGACUUACCAGCAGAUGCCAGUGUGAAGGACAACACUCCUCCACGUAAAAAGAAAAAGAAGCAUCGUCUGUGGUCCAUGCACUGUAGGAAGAUUCAGGUGUGUUACCAGUCAUGAUUAAAUCAGUUUCCU